AGACCGGUUACACUCGGCGGCGCGGUUCAGUUCAAGGUUUCCCAUUUCGGAGAGUUCAACGCACAUAUAUUUAUAUAUAAUAAUAAUAUAAAAAAAAAAUAAUAAUAUUAUACGCGUGCCUCGUAAACCGCCCGCCCUACUGCCUCUCUAUACCUGAUAAUAUAAUAUCACGGUGGUCGGCUCCUCCCCCCGGAAAAAAAAAAUCGUCAUCGCCCGUCCGCGGCUUUUUUAUUCUCUCGUCAUUAGCCGGCCGGCCGUUGUACGAUCCGCGCUCCGCUCUGUUCCGCUCCGGACGCGUAAAUAUAAUAUCAUAUUAUAUUAUUCCGUCUGUACACGGUAUUGUAAACCGAGAGCGCGAGUUGUCCACCGACCUUUCGAGUCUUGCGUUUCGGUUGACUCCGGACCCCCGUCGUCGUCGAGUCGAUUCGAUAGAUUUUUUUUUCUUUUUUUUUUGAUUUUCGUUUCCUCCCCAAAGUUUUUGACUUCCGGCCUCCGCCAGGCCGCACCACCGCUGACACAUCGUCACCGGUCGACCAGCGUUCUCGACAUUGAUCAACACUACAGUGGUGACAGUCAGAGCGAACCGCCCCGCAUCGUCGCUCGGAAACAAAAGAAAAUCGUCUGUAAACGACGGGAAAACAUGAACAAAAUCACGUAAAAUCGCCAGCCGCACUGCAAUUAGAUCGCGGAUCCUCGUGCAGUCGAUUCCUUCAGAUCGCAUACAAAUUGGAGCACGGUGACUGAAUGAUACCUCAGCAUGUCCCAGGAUCGCUUGACCGCUCUUCGGCUACUGUCGUACUGUUGGCUGACCGUCAUGUUGCUGUCCAACACUUUGGCAUUUAACGUCGUCUACAACAAGGAACCGUUGUCGUCUUCAUCGUUUCAGUCAUCCUCUUUCUAUCAGACCGGUAGCAGGAAGUUUGGUGGCUACCGAAUCGUACCCCGCGCGUGCAAAGACGAAUCUCACCCGUUCAAGAACGAUGUGUCCAUCACCACCCCCACGGGAACCGGAUCCGGAACCGGCGUGUGCAUGUUCAACUACGAGUGCACACAACUGGGUGGUUCGGUGGUCGGAUCGUGUGUGGACGUGUUCCUGUUCGGUGCUUGUUGUCGACUUCCGGCUGGCGUAAAAGUGCCCGCCGCAGUCGAGCAAAGCGCAUCCACGGCCGCAGCCGCCACCGCGACCGUCACCACCUCGACGCCGGGCUAUCACUACAACGACCUACCACCGCUAUCGUUUCAACAGCCAGUGGCCGACACCAUACUGAUGCACCGAAACGGGUCGGCCGUGCAAAACACUUACAGGCCGGACGACUUGUUCGGUAACUUCACGGCAUUGAUGCAGGCCCACCGCGACCGACUGCCGCCGGCGGCCGACAUGACGGACGUCGUGCAACAGUACACCACGGAUGGCGGUUACCACCAGUACCAUCACCAUCAGCACCGACCGCCGGCGUUCGCCGACCACAAGAUUACGUCCAAAGUGGAUUACGGCGACGCGGCCACUGUCAAGCUGCAGACGUUGCAGUCGUAUUCGUCGUCGUCGUCGUCGCCGGUGUCGAAGUCGACGGACUCGGUGCCCAACAUCCGGAAGACGACUCCGUCCGCGGCUACCGUCCAGGCGACCACGUCAAAACAGGGUUACGGCGUCGCGCAUCACCACAACAACCACAAACACCAACACCCGUCGUCGGCCGCCGACGACUAUUACGACAAUAUGGUGUUGAUACCCACGCUGACGGUCAACGACCCCAACGUCAAGGAAAACAACUCCAUCAACCACAUACUGUCCAUACUGAAUUACACGCCGCCCACGCCGGACAGGCACCACGCCGACCCGAUGGACGCGUCGCCGUCGUACGUCGUUCACCAGGUGCAGUCGAGCAGCUCGCCGCCGACGUCACCGCAAGCGCUGUACACUUGGGGCUCCAUCGACGGCGGCGACUCAAAGUCACCGGGUUACGGGUCGUCCACGUUCCCGGUUACCAGGCCCUCGUCGACGUCCGCGCAGCAGCACUACGACCGGCCGGCUACCAGUUAUUACGGCUCGACGCCGUCCACCACUUCCACCACGUCCAGCCACCACCUGCCGGGACCGCACUUCCAUGUGCUGUCCACGACCACGGCCAAGCCGUUCGAACCGGCCGCGCCCACCGUCAUAGUGCUUAGCCCGGCCAAUGAUUCGAAAAAUCCCAACAAGUACACUACGCCCGCGUCCACGGUGUACGCGACCGCCUCGUCGUCGUACCGCCCACCGCCCUCGUCGCACGUCAAACCUUCGCAGAGCAUCAUCGUGACCGGGAAACCAUCAGUGAGCGCCGCAUACACGACCACGGCCACUUACCACCACCCUCAGCAACACCAUCAGCAUCAGCAAGACGUGUCUUUCGUGCCGGUCAGCUCGACCACCAUGGCCGACAAAUAUUACAACGCCAACUAUCAGCCGACCGUCGGUGCUGUGCACACGUCGGCCAAGCCGCUGGUGUCCACUAACUACGGACACAGGCCCUCUACCACAACGACCACGGUCGGGCCACCGUCGACGGUCAGCUCCAACAAUAACGUGUUCACCACCGUCAUCACGUCGGUGAACCAUCAGUACCACAACAAGUUCCAGCCAACGGCCACGGGCAGCGGUAGCUCGAGCGCGUACACAACGGCCAAACCAGUGGUGAACGACGGGGGCACGGUGGCCGUGCUCCAGUCGUCCAGCGGUGGUUACAGACCCUCGUCCGCCGUCGACGAAGAUUAUCCGACGCCCGUCGUGACGCCGGCCACGCAGGUGUUCAUCACCGCCUCUGACGUACAUCAUCUGCAGCAGCACCACAUCCAGCAGCAGAUACACCAACAUCUGCAGCAUCACACGUCGUCGUCUUCGUACCCGGCAACCGCGGUGCACGGGUCCACCGCUGACGAUGACCCGAACGCCGUCCCGUUCAACUCUACCGACACGUUCGCUUUCCCACCGGUUCGCGACCCGAACGUCAACCUGACGGCAGCCACGCAACAGGAAAAACCGGACGUAACCGUCGUUGACGCGUCCGGCGAUUACGACGCCGACGCCGAUCCCAACCCACACUUGACGGCCGACGACAACCUGGACGACAAGGUACACCUGUUCGUGGAGAAGGUCGUCCAAUCGCUGCAGGGAAAUUUCGAAGACCUGGAAAAGGUCCUGAUGUCCGGUGACCCGUCAUCGUCCAACGUGACCGUCGCCAACGAUGACCCGGCAGGCUGGCCGAACAAGAAGCCGGCGACCGCUACGCCGACGGGCGCUACGCCUACGAAAAAACCGUCUAAACCCGCUACCGCUAAGCCCACAAAACCGUCGCCGCAGCCCGUCAAGUGGACCAGCACCUCCACGUACCGGCCGACGCCCAUCGUUCCGCUCCAGGACUCUGCCCCGUUCCUGGAAGUGACCACCGUGUCCCGUCCGGUUAAACACCCGACCUUGCUCACCCCCGUCCAGCUUUUCCAGCCAACCACGUACGCCACAGACAAUAAACGGCCAACUAAGCUACCAGUUAAGCUGACGCCUUCUACGACGGUCGUGCUGGACACGCUGAACGUCGAACAUGAACAUCACACCACUGCUGAACCGGACUACAGAAAAACUUGCGGAGUGCGGCCUUUGGUGAGGAAAGGCGGUCGGAUCGUCGGCGGAACAGGUUCGACAUUUGGCGAAUGGCCGUGGCAAGUGUUAGUUAGGGAAGCCACCUGGCUGGGACUGUUCACCAAAAACAAAUGUGGCGGCGUGUUGAUCACUCAGCGACACGUCAUAACUGCCGCCCACUGUCAACCCGGAUUUUUGGCGAACCUAGUAGCCGUGUUCGGCGAGUACGACAUCAGCGGCGAGGUCGAGUCCAAGCGGAGCAUCAGCAAGAACGUAAAACGCGUCAUCGUCCAUCGGCAGUACGACGCGGCGACUUUCGAAAACGACAUAGCCCUUCUGGAACUCGAAUCGCCGGUCAACUACGACCAGCACAUCGUGCCCAUUUGCAUGCCGGACGACGAGGACGACUUCACGGGACGUAUGGCUGUGGUCACGGGAUGGGGACGAUUGAAAUACGGAGGUGGAGUUCCGAGCAUCCUGCAAGAAGUACAAGUUCCUAUAAUUGAAAACCAAGUAUGCCAGGACAUGUUUGAGACAGCAGGACACACAAAGACCAUACUUAGCAGCUUUUUAUGUGCCGGUUACGCCAACGGACAGAGAGAUUCCUGCGAGGGUGACAGUGGUGGGCCUCUGAUGAUCGAAAAGGAUAACGGCCGCUGGACGUUGAUCGGCACAGUGUCACAUGGCAUUAAGUGCGCCGCACCGUAUCUUCCGGGCGUCUACAUGAGGACCACGUACUACAAACCGUGGCUGCAGACCAUCACAGGCGUACAGUAGACGACACGUCAUCGCUGAAUCGUCAAUACUAUUAUUGUUAUUGUUUGUUUUUGUUGUUGUUGUUGUUGUUGUUAUGAUUUUAUGGUCACACCGUUAUAAGGUACGAUAUAAUAGUAAUUAUUAUAUGUCAAAUAAAAUAUAGGAUCCCGGACCCCUCUUCAUAUGACAGCAGACCACAUAUCAUCGCGCAUCUAUAUCUUAAAAUAAUAAUAAUAAUAUUAUUAAUCGAUUAACAUGACGAUGCCCACAGCGUGUGCACGCAUUAUGCAUUCAGUGUUGGGCAAGUUACUUAACAAAAGUAGUGGGAUCAGGUUAUUCUGUACACCGAGUAAAAAGUCACUAUAAAAUAAUUUAUCAAUUUAUCAUCGAUAUAUAAUAUUGAAAACAACGAAAUUACGGUAGAUACUUUAUCAAUUGUUACAAAACAAACUACACCAUUAAUUUUACCUAAAAUUUGUUUCUUAAUUUUAAAUAAAAAAUUUUAAUUUAAAAACGAAAUUAUUUUGAAUAUACCUAAUAAUUUUUUUUAAAAUUUUUUUUUUUAUUUAUUCAGAAUAAAAUGAUGUUUUGCUAAUUGAAAUAUAAUUAGAGUAAUAGAUUGUAACUGUGAAUAAUAAUUGAAAAUCAAAUAUAGACAGCGCGAUAAAUAAACUGUAAUAACGUGUUUACAGGUGGCAUUUGGAUACGAUAAUGUUUUAAAAAUAUUAUCAUUUUCUAAAUCCUGUCUCAAAUAUAACGCUAAUGGUAUUAAAAACGUGUUUAAUAUAUAUUUAUUUUGUGUUUAUUGAAACAAAAUAUUUACAGAGUACUAUCAAUGUAAUGCGUUACUUAGACUUACUUUUUUAAUUGAUUCCAUUACAAUAAUAAAAUGUAUAGCUCGUUUUAAAUAUUUCGUUACAGCUAGUAAUGAGUAAUUUAUGUUAAAUGUCAUACGGCACGGCGCUGAAUCAACAAUCUAUAUGUGUGUGUGUGUGUGGAUUGGUAUGUAGAAAUUCCUUCAAAAGGCAUAUCUAAAUGUGCAGCGAGUAUGUUAUUAUGAAGGUUAGAGGGACUUUGGUGAAAAACGUAGUCACCCGUCGACCUAAGGAUACAGAGAAAACAAAUCGUGGGGAGAGUGAUGGGAAACAGAUCGAAAAUUUAAAAUACCGACAUACAGCUAAUAAUAAUAUAUUAAACAAUAUAUAUCAUAAUUAAUGUGCUAGAUUGUAAUAUCAUAACACAGCUGACAAACGUAUAUAUUAAAUACUUACCUCGCCGACGAUUUGUGCUAUUAUUCUCAUCGAUUCGAUUGUUUUAGACGAUUUUCCAUUAUUGCGUGCGAUAAUCAUAUUGACGACGUGUAUAUGUUGUAUACCCGUUCAAUUAAAACAUCAUAGUGAUCAGAAUACAAUUUCGCCAUAAUUUAUCACUGUAAAUUAUUAUUUAUUUAUUUGUUUUUUUAUAUAUAUAUAUAUAUUAUAAUUGUACAUUUUAUUUUCAUUUUUGUAACUCAAUACGAUAUGUAGGUAUAUAUAGAUAUUGUUUCUUUCUUUUCUCUCUACUAUAUUUUUAUAUUUAUAAGAUUUUUGUACAUUAUUGUUUUUUUAUUCUUAUUAUUCUAAAUAUUUAUCUUAUUAUUAUAAUUAUUAUUAUUACUAUUAUUUUUGUAUUAUUUUAUCAUAAUAUAAUAUACAUUACUAUUAAUAUGUGUCGCUUAAACGCCAACACAAUAUACUAUAUUAUUAUAUAUACUAGAGAUAAUGUUAUUAUAUAAACGCAUAAUAGCGCACGUACAUUAUAUACUAUAAUAAUUUAUUAUAUCGUCUGACGAAUUUUUUUUAAUACAUAUAAUAUGAACAUUUUUAAUUAAACAUUAAAAAACCGAAAUAC